AUGGCUAGUCCUACCUCAUAUGUCACGGCCAUUUGUCGGCCAGCAGACGCAGAAGCUUCUGAGGCGGAGGCUGCUAUUUCUGGGUCGAAAUCACUUUCUAGGACCAAACCUUUAGUAGCGGUGCAAGCGGAGCUUCAAACGCGUUCAGUGAAGGGCAAGGAGAGGGGGAGUGGAAAAGAGAGUCAGGGGAGCAUCAGGAGAGUGGGGGACGAGGAGGGGGGAGAAACGGGAGGUGAAGAUGUGAGCGAUGCAAGGAGAGCAGGGAAUGUGGGGGGAAAGAGUGAGGGAGGCGGGAGCAAGAGCUGCAGGACGAAAGGCUGCAAGGAGGAGGAGGAGGAGGAGGCAGUGGCAGUGAUUGCUGGAGUGCUGAGGGAGAAAUUCGGGCCUCAGAUUGUGAAAGAGGAGUUGGAGGAAUGGGGGAGUGGGAUAGGAAGCAGCGAAGGCGAAGAGGGGGUGGGGAGAUUGAAAGUGGAGGAGGGGGACGAUGAGGAGGAGGAGGAAGUGGAGGAGGAGGAGGAAGCAGAAGUAGAACCGUGUGAAGAGAACGCACCACCCACCACAUCUCCUUCCACACCCCCUCCUCCACUCAACAGCCGGCGGGUCGUAUCUCGCUCCUCCCUCCUCUCCCUCUACCGCUUUUUCUCCUCCCACCUCGGCAUUUCCUCCCCUUCCAUUGUCUCUUCCCUCCUCGCCACUUACCCGCAACUCCUCCGCUCCAAUCCCACCAAUGAUUUUCUCCCACGUGUCCGCCUUCUCCAGUCAUAUGGCAUUUCCGAUGCUGACAUCGCGCACAUGACUUUGAGUAACCCAGCCUGGCUCCGCUCCUCCCUGCCACAGAUUCAGAAUAUGCUUGAGCUUCUUUUAGGUAAAGGCAUUCGCCGUAGCAGAUUGGGUCUGGUGCUCCGACGUGGUCGCAACUUACUCUGCCGUGAAGCAUGUUCAACGAACCUGGACAUUCUGGUGGAGAAGGCAGGGGUUCCUGUGGACAAGCUGGGCUCGUCCUCCAUUGCAAGCUCUGUGCUUCGUCGUGGCCCCAACAUCAUCGGUUUCAACAAAGAAACUCUCUUAGCUAAGCUCCAGUUCUUUGUGGAGCUGGUGGGGGAGGAGGCAGCAGGGAGAAUGGAGAGGAGCUUCUCGCAGACGAGUGUUGGGGACAGGAGGGGUGUUUCAAUAGGAGCUGGGAAACAGAGGAGCAAGCUGGGUUCUGUGUCUGACAAAGUGGAGGGGGUAGAGGGGAUUGAAUGGGGAGCGGAAGAAGGGAAGAGUGGGCCGUUAUAUGGGGUUGUCGCAGGCAAUGAUGAGCCAGGGGAGAGAGUAGUUAUGGAGCGGCAGCUUCUGGAUUUGGAGGCGACAAAGAAAAUUGUGUGUUUGCAGCAGUUUCUCCUAUGUACAGACAAGCAGUUUGAGGAGAAGUUUGGGGUUAAUGCUACAGCUGACUCUGCUACAGCUGCCUCUGCUACAGCUGUCUCGGCCCUCUCCCUGCUGGACCUGCUACAGCUGUUCCUGUGGGUGGCGGUGUCACCGGCUGUAGCAGAGGAGCAGCUGUUCAGAGGGCUGCUGCUCAAGGCCCUGCAAGGGAGGUUCGCGAGGAUGGGCGCUGCCAUGCUCUCUGAAGCCCUCUUCGCCUUCUUCCUCCUCUCCCUCUCCCUCCUCUUCCCCAACAUGGCCCUUGGGAUUGCCGCCGGCCUGCUUGCUGUGCAUGCGGCGUUGGCGGCAGCAGUGGCGGCUGCAGGGAGAGCGGGAAGGAGGGCGAGGGGCGGUGAAGGGGAGGCUGCUGAUGGGGCUGGCGGGUGUUUUGACAACUUGGAAGUUGCAAG